GGACGAAUGGGAGUGAGAUCCAGGGGGACACAGAAUCUGCAUGGAGGACUGAGGGGCCACAUCACCCUGCAGGAGCCCUGAGAACAUGGAACCAGCAGAUAGAGACUCGGGCUCCAGUCCAAAGGCCGACCCAGUCCUCAGCCCCCAAUAUCAGCAGAGACUAUGGAGGGUCUGCAACGGACUGAUGGCGGCAUUUUUUGCCCUGGCUGCUUAUGUGCAAAUCAAUGAUCCAGAUCCUGAAAUGUGGAUUGUGAUCUAUAUGGUCCCGGCCGCCCUGAUCUUCCUCCUCAGUGUGAACCCAGACAUAACGGGUCAUGUGAUCUGGAGGACUUUGUCCGGUCUCCACAGCGGCGUCUGUUUGAUGGGAGCGUCUUAUCUACUGGUGCCGUUGCUGGUUUCUGGUAAUAUAAGAAGCAUUUUACAUGAGGAAGAGGGCAGAGAGCUAUCUGGAUUACUAAUCAUUGCACUCUGGAUGUUCCUCUGUAAAGAUUCCAGAAGAGCCUCGGUUGGUGCGUUCAGAUUAUUGGUGGCCACAUCCAUCUCAGUUUUUCCCUUCUUGACUUGGAUCUACAUCUACAUUAACAAGGAGAUGAGGACAUCUUGGCCUCAGCACUGCAAAACCGUCAUAUGAGAUCAGAAC